AUGCAAAUACCUAAGAUUUUCUCCCUCGCGCUCUUUCCGAUACUCUGUAACAGCUUGGUCACUGCACCACCUCGAUUGGUGGUCCUAAUUCCAGCAUACAACGAAGCUGACCGGAUCGGCUCGACACUUGAAUCCUAUCGGAACUUUUUAUCAUCGCAAGAUAUAUGGCAGUGUGAGAUCCUAGUUGUGGAUGAUGGCUCAUCAGAUAGCACCUCGCAGGUUGUCAAACGAUCCGCCGAUUACAACAAAAGACAAAACUCUGCCAAAGUCGUCCCAGUCGACUGUGUAUCCUUAUCCAGAAAUCAAGGCAAAGGAGGAGCGUUAUCGAGAGGAAUAAGGCACGUCGCAGACGCAAAUCCAGGGAAUGAUGACAUCUACAUACUGACGCAAGAUGCAGAUGGAUCGGGUGAUUUGACGUAUUUGAAUCAAAUGUAUGGCGAGCUCCAAAUAUUACAAGGAUCCGGCACUACUAACAAAGGGAAUGCCCCAGCGCUGGUUACUGGGAAUCGAAACUACAGCUUAUUUAGUCCUCGGGGGGUUACUAGAUGGGGCUUUCAGACCUGUGUAUCCGUGAUCAUGGGGGGCUUGGGCGUACAAGACAGCCAGUGUGGCUACAAACUCAUGACACUUCCUGCUGCAUGUUUGCUGUACAAAGAUCUCCAUUUGAAGGGUUGGGCACAUGAUGUAGAAGUUUUGUAUAGAGCAAAACUGAUGGCGGUUCCAGUCGCACAGAUAAGCAUUGAUUGGCUGGACAAGGAAGGAUCCAAGGUGCUAGAAGCGGGAGUUGCCAAUGUAUCAGCCCAAAUGCUACGAGAUGUUUUGCGAUUACGCUGGGAAUAUUCGAUAACUGGAGCAUGGAAACUUCCUAAAUCAUUUCACACUAGUUAG